AAAACUCAGCUUUAAUCCAAAAUGUUUAUUCUGCAGUGUUUGUUUCUCAUGGAGAGAUCAUCUAGAGUCUGCAAAACCCUUCAACAGAAACCUGCAAAAACAGACGAGAAACCCCAGGACGGAAAACUACAGGAGAACACAGAUGAAGCAUUAGCAGACCAGAAAGUGAUGGCAGGAGAAGCUCUGGACAGGAGGAACGUCUGGGAGCCCAGUGUUUACUACUCUCUGGGAAAGGAGUCUUUCUGUUUUGCUGGUCAUGAAAUCAGCAUCCGUGAAUCUAUGGACACUUACGGCGCUCUGAUCUGGCCCGGGGCAGUGGCUUUGUGUCAGUUUUUGGAGAAUAACCAGCAACAAGUGAACCUGAUGGACAAAGCAGUGUUGGAGAUCGGAGCUGGGACUGGCCUUCUGUCCAUAGUGGCCAGUCUACUUGGUGCUUGGGUGACAGCUACUGACCUGCCGGAAAUCUUGCCUAAUCUGACCUUUAACCUUUUACGGAACACAAAGGGCCGGUCUCGCUACACCCCUCAGGUAGCAACCCUUACCUGGGGUCAGGACCUGGACCGAGACUUCCCCUCCCCAUCCUACCACUACGACUACGUGCUGGCAGCAGACGUCGUCUAUCCCCACCAAUGUCUGGACGAACUUCUGGAGACUAUGCACCACUUCUGCCGACCGGGAAGCGGAACGACUCUGCUGUGGGCCAACAAGGUCCGCUUCCAGUCAGACCUGAGGUUCACAGAGAGCUUUAAGAGUCAUUUCAACACCACGCUGCUGUGUGAGCUCCCACAGCAGGAGGUGAGGAUAUACACAGCCACGGCCAAGGAGUGAUGACGGAGGCUCAGCUUCGCUCGUCAUUCUGAUGGCAUUUAUUAUUCAACCACUGGGGAAAUAGAAUCUAGAAUACAGAAAAAGCCUGGUUUUAAUCUGUGUUUACAUGACAUUCCUGAACAGUGCUACAAUCAUCAUUAAGCAGAAAUUAAUUCAAAUUUCCAUUUCAAUAAGCUAUUUUACUUGCCAGCAUUUUUUUUUCAUACAUUAAUGUCUCUGACUUUAACUUUUGUUCAACAUUGUGUUUUAAAAAUAAACUGAAUGCUGUAAACAUCUGUCCUAUAGUCAUAUUUGUCCCAUAACAACUAAACAACACUUUGAUAGGUCUUACACUCUCAACUAUCUGUGGAAACAGACAAAUAGUAUCCAUCAAGUUAAGAAAACAUAUUUUCCAAAAA